CUAAGCGCCGGCCUCUCUUUAAAUGUGCCUACCCAUCUUUAAAACUGAAGGAUCAAGUUCCGGAUUCUUAUCAUUUCUAGACAUCAACGAAAAUGUCCGGAGGUGCGGUAGGCUUCGCCUUCCAAGCCGAAGUUACUAACACCGGAUCUCUCGUCCAUCUCCUCACUGGCCGAGCUCUUAAAGCCUUAAGCGAUGGCGGGGUCGACUUCUACUCCGUUGUCGCCGCCGUCACUCUUGGAAAGAGCUUUUCGGUUCGGAGCGCGUUGGGUAACACAGUCCGCUCGCACAUCAUGUCCCGAGGUGGUAUCCAAUCCGUGCUCUCAAAAGCAUUGAGCAUCGGAUGGGGCCACUCUGGUCUUGCGGUCGAGAUGACACAUACCAAGGCAGGCACUAAUGCUCUACUUCUAAUCGGCGCUCUAGCCGCCGGAACGACGUAUUACCAGGCUGCUGAAUGCUUUUCAGCUUUGCUCGAGCUCCGGGGGUGCGAAGCCGACCAGCUUCCUAACACCGAUGUGCUCAAGCAUAUGAUUAGCUACCUUGCGCCAUUUGUCCGCGACUUAGGUUUUUCUAAGGUUCUCGAGCAUAUCACCACGACAGGUAUAUGCGCCGUUCAUAGCAUGGAAGGGGGGAAGAAAACUCAAAUAAUAAAUAGCAUCGAGUAUCGUGGUGAUACUUCCCGUGUUGCCGGUGCUAUUAAUCAGUUGAUGCUUACCUCCCAAAGGGGCGAGAGUAUUUAUAUGGUCACACGGGUACGAGGGGCGUGGUUACCUGCAUUUGCUGCACAUAUACUAGGCAUGUCGGUUGAGUUGCGUCUCAACGAUACUGUUAUAUGGGCAGCGGCAGGAAGCAAUGGUGAAGUUAUAUUCGAAUUAGGCGAACACCAAGCCAACCAACACUCGGUACAAGCGAUCUCAGGCCAGAAGAUUAUGUUGGUAGACACACCGAAUGCAGAAACGAAACCUUCCUUAUCCAUCGACUAUCAUAUCGGGAAUGUGUUUUCGGCCUUACUUUCUCGCGGGCUGAGCAUCGAUGAUGAAUUAAAAGAGGGAAUGGCGCAGGCAAUAUGUUACACUUCACUCAGUAUGCUGUUCCGUCGCUAUAAAAGCCCUCAUUGCCGCCAGUGGGCAACUUCCGCGUUUAAAGAGACUAUCUCGGCUUUUGGCUUCGAAAGCGGUUUAAUCGAUUCUAUCGACCUCCGUCGAUGCGCUAGACCGUCAUGGGGCUUAUUAUCACUCAGCGUCGACGCCCAACGCAAAUUCCUAAGGGCCUGCGAAACUCAUAAAAACGAACCUAACUAUUAUGAUGUGAAUUUAAUUUCAUCAGCUUGUACUUGCGCCCAUAUUGAAAGACAUAUCUCUGGUUUUUCAAUUUCUGCUAUCAUUCUCUCAUUGUGUCGAUUCGAUGCCACCCAGCUUAGGGUCAAUGGGGAUGUUAUUCUACAUAAAUUUGGCAGCGAUCCUCGCUACUUCGAACCGUAUAAAGACAAGGAAAAACCUGUCCCAAUUCGCACUAUGAUGGCCCACAUUAUACGACUAACAGGCGCUGAAGAUAUCGGUUGGCUAGACACCCGGCUCGAGAGCUUAAAUCCAGAUCAUUACAUCCUCGGGCUCUCGAGCGGCACCCAGACUAUCUGCUAUACUUGUGUAUUGGAUAAUGACUGCUAUGAUGUCCAAGGCCGGCUUCUGUCUCUGCUGCCAGGUCGAGUGUCGGUCAACGGUACGUUAAGAUCGCUCUUGUGCGAGGAACGCAUUUGUGACGAAGUUCUUGUCCCCUCACCUUCUGAGUCAGCAAAGCUCGCCUCGGGUUUAUAUAUUGAGCCUCACUACCUACCCUCGAAAUUGAAUAUGGAAACUUGCAUGGACGUGUCUUUGAAUGAAGAUAUGGUUCUCCUACGGAUGAGUAUCGGGCCGGUGGGAUCCCCCGCGAAGCAUAUCCGUUUUCAGGAUUGUCUCGCAGCCUUCCCCAUUAACAAUAGCACGGACUGCUCACAUGAUACUACUACCGGAUUUCGGGUGCGUGAAGGCCAAAAUAUAACAGUGGUUGGGUUCGAUCACAUGUAUCGAUCAACGGUGCGGUAUGGAGAUUGCUUACAAGUAGUAGCCCUGCAUGGGAAUAAGCUUGAGCAACUUAUUACCCUUGGAAUUCUAAAAACUCACGGAAGAGAACAAAUAAGUGAAGACGAGCAUAUGCUUCCAAGUUUUAAAUUUCCGAAAAGGUGUGUGCUUCAGUCUUGGGCAUGUUUGGAUUGUUGCAUCGCAGAUGCUGAGAGAUCUGGUCAUAAAUACGUGGUUAUGGGUGGCUAGGUACCUGGGUAGUCAGUUGGUAUACCUUGGAUUUGGACGAGUAUCUAGGUACAAUGGUAGGUACAGUGAGGUAUAUAUUAACAUAGCAUCUAUGUAGCUGUAAGAUGUUUGAUGGAAUCAAAUU